GAUCACUCUAAUGUUUUGAGUGGCAAGCGAAAAAAUGACAGCACCUGUUGUUUACAUCACGAGAAUAGAAACUUUCAGCGCCUGUCAUAGGUUACACAGCUUGGAACUUGGGGAGGAGGAAAAUAAAACUACAUAUGGAAAAUGUAACAAUCCAAACGGACAUGGGCAUAAUUAUAAAGUGGAGGUAACUGUCAAAGGACCAGUCGAUCCAGUAACAGGAAUGGUUAUGAAUAUUGUAGAUCUGAAGAAGUUUAUGCAGGAUGCCAUUAUGGACACACUGGACCAUAAAAACAUUGAUAAGGAUGUUCCAUACUUUAAAGACAAAGUGAGCACAACAGAAAACUUAGCAGUGUUUAUUUGGAGUGAAAUACAGAAAAAAACACCUAAGGACUUACUUUAUGAAGUCAAGAUUCAUGAAACGGAUAAAAAUGUGAUUGUCUAUCGAGGAGAGUGAUAAAUGUAUUAUUGUAAUGAAAUAAAAAUUGGAUAUUUAAUAUGCUUCCCAUUUUUGCUGCAUCACACUAAAACAACAGGUGAAGCAGAUCAGUAAGAUUAAUGUAUUAACUUAUUAAAACUGACAAUGCUGCAGUUUUUAAAAAAUGGGACAAUUGUACAUGUAAUUCAGACUUUGUUGUAUCAAGUGUUUUGCAUUAUGACAUAGUUGUAUGUUCAGUAGAUAAAGAAGAAUGCUGUUUGCCGAACAGUUACAUAUACGUGUACUUCCAAAAUAUUAUCACAUACAGCAAUUCUUGAAGAUAGAAUCUUUGUACUGUGUUACUAAGACACUUCCCUCUACUCACAAAAAAAAAUACUAUUUAUAUUUUCUAGUGAAAAUCCUUAUUUGUGCAACUUAUAGUAUGUAAGUAUUUAUAAAGAAAAGUGUAUGUAUAUGUAUGUAAUGAUAACUGUAAUUUUGCUGGUAACUGUUUGAUGUGAAUAAAAUGUAUAGUGCGCCUUC